AUGGGAGGAAGAGGGAGGCCAAGGAAAAAUCAGACCAAAUUGCUAGUAAUUGAUCGCGGAAGCAAGGAAACUAACUCAAAGGAACAAGGAAAACAACAUGCAAAGGGGAAAAUGCAGGAAGAGGAACUGGAUCUUGACAGUGAUUGUGAGCUAAAUUGGCCAGAUCUGAACUGCAAUCGUGUUAAUUCAGGUACCCCAGUGAAUCCCGCUAAUCUAGGGAUACCCAAGAUGAAUGUAUCGCCAGUUACCAUUGGAGACGCAAGCACUAGCAGAGCAAAACUCAAUGAUACAGUAACAAACAGUAUUGUAAAGGAGCGGGGCAAUGGAACAGCGACUGUACGAGCUGAGGAAGACAAGCAGAACCAGACGAAACCAACCAUUUUGGGCAGAUCGUGGGCUGGAUUAUUGCAUGACAACAAAUUAGCUGCAAAAGGAAUGGAUCUAACAUAUGUUCCACCGGUGAUACAAGAGGGUGAAGUAGUAGUACAGAUCCUGGAGGAUGAUAUAGCUGAGGAAAAGCAGAAAUUGAAUCGAGCUCUAAUAAUGUAUGUAGUUGGAAACACUCCAACUAUAGGUGUUGUUGAACAAUUUGUUGCUUCUCAAUGGGGAAAAGUUAGAAAACCUAAGGUACUAUAUCAUAGUGAUGGUUAUUUUACAAAUCUGCUGAAUAGUGUUGAAGAAAGAGAUGAAGUGCUGAUGAAUGGGCCUUAUACUAUGAACAGUAGACCUGUAAUACUAAAAGCUUGGGCUGAGGGUUUUGAUUUUAAUGAAGAGGUUUUGAAAACUAUUCCACUGUGGGUUAAAUUCCCAAAACUCCCACUAAACUACUGGAGUAAUAAGGCACUUAGCAAAAUUGAAAGUGGACUGGGAAAGCCUUUGUAUGCUGAUGCUUGCACAACUGUGACUGAUAGAAUCUCCUAUGCUAGGGUCCUCAUAGAAAUGGAUAUAACUAGAACUCUACCUGGGACAAUUAAGCUGAUUGACACCAAUGGCAAAGUGAUUGAGCAAAUGGUACAGUAUGACUGGAAGCCCCAAUACUGUCAAACUUGUUGCCAAAUUGGUCACUCAUGCCACAACAAGGAAGCUCAGAAGCAAGAUGUGGGGCAGCAAACGUAUGGAAUGCAGAAUCAAGGAAAGUUAUGGAAAGUUGUAAGAAGUUUAGAUCCCAAGACUGAUAAAAUUGAUACAAGAGGCAGGUUCCUGGAGCAACUGGAAGAAGAUAGUGAUGGCAUACAAAGCAACAAUUCAAAGGAAGAGCAAUGGCAAUUGGCAAAAGGCAAAUCUGCUACAAAGAAGAAUGGAGAUAGAAGGGAUGAGAUGGAAGUUAACACUGCAAUGCUUUCACAGUUCUGGGACAAUGAGGUAGUGCUUAUAGCAGUCCUGGAGAAUAGAGUUAAAGAAAUAAAGGCAGAAGGUAUCCUAAGGAAGAUAUUCAAUAACUGGAGAUGGAUAGCAAGUUACUCACAGGCUCCAGGUGGUAGAAUAUGGAUUGCUUGGGAUCAAACAAAGGUAGACUUUGAAGGGUAUGAUAUGCACCAACAAUACAUAAUAAGGGAAGUCACAGAGAGGCAAAAUGGCAAUAAAUUCAGAUUUGGUGCUGUCUACGGAAUGCAUACAAUACAAGAUAGGAAAAGACUAUGGGAAGAUAUGGAAAAAGCAAUAGCUGGUGCUACUGAUCCUUGUGUGCUAAUGGGAGAUUACAACACCAUCUUGACUAGUGAAGAUAGGGCUCAAGGAACACAAGUACAGGAAUUUGAAGUAAAAGACUUCAAAGAUUUUAUUUGGAGAAAUGAACUAACUGAAUUAAAGACAGUAGGUAGAAAGUAUACAUGGACUAAUAACUAUGUACACAGUAAAAUUGAUAGAAUUCUUGUUAAUGCUGCCUGGAUCCAAAAAUGGCCUGUAAUGGAAGGAAGGGCAUUGAAGCCUUGGUUUUCAGAUCAUUGUCCAUUAAAUCUACCAAUAGACUAUGAGCAACAGAAUGGUGGGAGACCUUUCAAGUUCUUUAAUUGUAUGGCACAUCAUAAAGGAUUUGAGGAAGUUGUAUAUGAAUGCUGGAGAAAAAGAGAAGAAAGAAAAACAAUGAACAGAGUAUGGAGGAAACUCAAGAUGCUAAAGAGCAAACUGAAGCAGAUGAAUAGACAAGAAUUUAACAAUACUGUGCAAAGAAUCCUAGAAGCAAGAUUAAAAUUGGAGGAGAUUCAGAAGCAAAUGGAUGUACCUGGCUGCAGUACAGAAGGCAUAACACAAGAAAAAGAAGCAAGGAAGGAGCUAGCUAAAUGGAUUGAAAUUGAAGAAAGCAUCAUGAGGCAAAAGUCAAGGAUCAAAUAG